ACCACUCUCUCGGCUUCAAGAACCGAGUGUUCGCUCAGAGAGAGAGAGAGAGAGAGUGAGCGAGGGAGAGGGAGAAGACGGAAAGAGAGGAUUCGCGCGCUUAUCCUAUUCUUCCCCUCCCAGAGCACACCGAACUGGGAAACUUCGUCUGAUCGGUGCUCCCAAUGUCCACUUUCCGGCUCCCUUCUUUUAUGCCGGUCGCUGAUGGCCGAUUCCCUUGCGGAAAUCGCGCUAAAGAAACUCUUCCCGCGCCUCUCAACAGAAGAACCUCAGGUUUGUCGUCCCCUUUAAGCCGUUCCUCCAAGAAUAUGUCAGACGUUUCGACCCAGAAGAGAUGCGGUUACGGGAUACAGACUCCAAGAUCGUCGGUCGAUGCUCUCGAUACCAUGGUCUCCGACGGCAAGGAGCAGAAUGGGAGGGUGUUAAGAGUCGGGUUGAUAUGCGGUGGGCCUUCUUCCGAGCGAGGCAUUUCGCUUAAUUCGGCAAGAUCGGUUUUGGAUCACAUACAGGGAGAUGAUGUGGACGUUAAAUGCUAUUACAUUGACAGAGACUUGAAAGCGUAUGGAAUCUCCGCUCCGCAGAUGUACUCCAACACACCAGCAGAUUUUGAUUUCAAGCUAGAAAGUUUGAUUUUCAGCCUUGCCCAAAGUUUCAAUUCUUUGAACGAGUUUGUGGAGCAUCUUGCUGUCAAUGUGGAUAUAGUCUUUCCUGUCAUACAUGGUCAUUUUGGUGAAGAUGGUAGAAUUCAGGAGCUGUUAGAGAAAGCAUAUAUUCCGUUUGUUGGUACAGGAUCACAGGCAUGUCAAAAUGCUUUUGACAAGUACAAUGCCUCUUUGGAGCUUGAGAAACAAGGCUUUUUGACUGUUCCUAGCAUCCUACUGCAGGGAUACAAAUAUGAAAUACUUGGGUUGUCAAAGUGGUUUGCAGAUAAUCAGUUGGAUCCCAUCCGCGGGAAAGUUGUGGUUAAGCCAGUGCGGUCAGGUUCAAGCAUAGGUGUCUGUGUUGCUUAUGGUGUUCAUGAUUGCAUGAAGAAAACUUGUGCUCUGAUAUCAGAGGGCAUAGAUGACAGGGUUUUAGUUGAGAUUUUUCUUGAUGGAGGGCAUGAAUUUACAGCCAUUGUUCUUGAUGUUGGCACUGGUUUCAACUCACAACCUGUAGCUCUUCUUCCUACAGAAGUGGAGCUUCAACUUCUUGACAGUGAGAGUCGUGCAGAAAAAGAUGCGAUCUUCAACUACCGACGUAAAUACCUUCCAACACGGCAGGUUGCUUAUCACAUGCCACCUCGCUUUCCAGAUGAUGUGAUUGAUUGUAUACGAAAAGGCGCAGCAUUACUGUUUCAAAAGUUUGGUUUACUUGACUUUGCACGCAUAGAUGGUUGGUUCUUGCCACAUUCUUCUCACUUGUCUUCAUCAAACAAAAAUAAGUUUGGACAUUGUAAAUCGGGCGUGGUCGUUUUCACUGACAUCAAUCUGAUAAGUGGGAUGGAGCAAACCAGUUUCUUAUUCCAGCAGGCUUCAAAGGUCGGGUUCUCUCACUCAAAUAUCCUCCGCACUAUUAUCCAUCAUGCUUGCUUGAGGUUCCCUUCCCUCUUGCUGUUCAAUGAGAAGAAGUCAAUAGCUAAAAGGUUUGCUUCUGUGAAGCAUAGUAAAACUAGACAUGAAGGCAAAAUCAGGCACAAGGUUUUUGUAAUCUUUGGUGGGGAAACAUCCGAGCGUCAAGUGUCUCUCAUGAGCGGAACAAAUGUUUGGCUAAACCUUCAGUCAUUCAAUGAUCUUGAUGUAGUUCCUUGUUUGCUUGCCCCAGCAGAUGGUUGUCUCACAGCAGGUUACCAACAUAGAAGCAAUGAUGUAAACUUGAGAACCGUGUGGAAGCUACCCUAUCCUCUUGUGCUGAGGCAUACCACUGAAGAGGUUCUUGAGGCAUGUUUAGAAGCUUUAGAACCAGUUAGAGCUGCAAUGACAUCUCAGUUGAAAGCCAAAGUCAUGACUGAACUUGAAGAAGGUUUACAAAAGCACAAUUGGUUUAAUGGGUUUGAUAUAUCUGAUGAUCUGCCAAAGCAACUAACCCUAGAAAAGUGGAUUCAGCAAGCAAAAGAUCUAAAUGCUACCAUAUUCAUUUCAGUGCAUGGUGGAAUUGGUGAGGAUGGUACACUUCAAUCUAUGCUGGCAGCUGCUGGAGUACCUUAUACAGGUCCUGGUGUCAUGGCUUCUAAGACUUGCAUGGACAAAGUGGCUACAUCCUUAUGUCUUUCUCAUCUGGCAAAUUCAGGAGUCCUCACAAUAUGCAAAGAUGUCAGAAGAAAAGAGGACAUUCUCAGUGGUGCUUUGUCUGAACUCUGGCAUGAUUUGACAACAAGGCUUCAGUCUGAAACAUUAUGUGUCAAGCCAGCUAAAGAUGGCUGCUCAACAGGAGUUGCCAGGUUAUGCUGUUCGGAGGAUUUGAUAAUUUAUGUAGAUGCAUUAAAGAGUUGUUUGCCACGAUUGCCCAAGAACUGUUUGUCUAAGGCACAUGGGGUUAUUGAGAUGCCAAAUCCGCCACCUGAGUUCUUAAUCUUUGAACCUUUCAUAGAGACCAAUGAGAUUACUGUUUCUUACAAGCGGGAGGAUGCUAAUUCUUGUGUUCUCAAUUGGGAAGGACAUAGUAGGUGGAUUGAAAUCACGGUUGGUGUUGUUGGAAAGCGUGGAGCUGUACACUCUCUGACUCCUAGCAUCACUGUUAAAGAAUCUGGGGAUAUUUUGUCACUGGAGGAGAAAUUUCAAGGAGGCACUGGCAUAAACCUUACACCACCUCCUGAGUCAAUAAUCAGAAAUGAAGCCUUGGCAAGGUGUAAGGAACACAUCGAGCUCAUUGCUAAUACGCUGGGUCUGGAAGGGUUUUCUAGGAUUGAUGCUUUUGUCCAUGUAGACACUGGAGAAGUCAUGAUCAUAGAGGUUAACACUGUGCCUGGUAUGACUCCUUCCACAGUUCUUAUCCACCAGGCAUUGGCAGAGAAUCCACCUAUGUUCCCGCAGCAGUUCUUCCGCACCUUGCUUGACUUGGCUAUGCAGAGAUCUGUCUAAACUUUCUUUUGGUUGGCUCUUCAUGUGUUUAUGGUUUUGCUUUCCAGGAAACUGUGUCGAACCUUAUUGAGAAAGGGACAUUGAUGUUGUUGGUGGUACUUGUGCUUAGAACAUUAUUGCUUGUUGCUUAUUUAAAUGUGAGUGAUGGUACUUUGCUUUCCGAAAGUGCAAAAUUCCGUUAAAGAAGAGACAAAACUUUGCUGUAAUUUUCUCUUGUUGAGAUCCUGACUAAUCGGCUGAUUAGUCUGACUAGUCGAGUGGGUUAUCAACCAACUUGUGUUUAUGUAUUUAUUUAUUUA